AUGGAGGUGGUCUCUUGCAGCCACUCCUGCUCGGCAUUACAUCAAACACCAUUAAGUGCAUGGAGGCUUCGGGGCAGUGCUCUUGGUCUUGGUCUUGGGCAUGCCAAGCCUUACCGACCCAGAAGAUACGCGGUUAUGUGUGUGGGAACCACAAGAGGAGCUUCAAAUCCGGGUGGUUCCGGCAAGGUCCAUGCAGCCCAGGGAUUCCAUGUAAGCGACGUGGAUGCAGCUCUGCAGGGCAUUCCUUCCAUGAAGGCCGGGGAGGUUGAGAAGGUGAUGAUUCAAGGCCUCCUGGAAGGCCCUGAUGGCUCCCCGGUCAGUACUGGGUUCUGGGAGUGGAAGCCGAAGCUGACUGUGUACUACGAGAGGUCCGGCGUGGAGAACAGCAAGGCGCCUGCGGUGCUCUUCCUGCCGGGGUUCGGAGUCGGGACGUUCCAUUUGGAGAAGCAGCUGAGGGAUCUUGGUUGCAAUCAUAGGGUGUGGACGAUGGAUUUUCUCGGGCAGGGGAUGUCGCUGCCGGGUGAAGACCCUGCUCCUAGUAGCAUCGCGAGUGAAGAGGCGUUUUUGGGGUUUGGACAAGAUUCACAGCCUUGGGCAGAGGAGCUGGUGUAUUCUGUGGAUUUAUGGCAAAACCAAGUUCAGCAUUUCAUUGAGGAGGUUGUUCUGUUCAAAAUUGCAUACAGAAGUUGGCAAAAGAUAAGUGACCCAAAAAGUAUUCAAGACAUACUCAAACAAGUAUAUGCUGACCACUCAACAAAUGUGGACAAAGUAUUCUCUCGUAUUGUGGAGAUAACACAACACCCAGCAGCUGCUGCAUCAUUUGCCUCCAUUAUGUUUGCAACAAGGGGUCAGAUAUCCUUCCAAGAGGCAAUCUCUAGGUGCCAAAGCCAAGGCGUUCCUCUAUCUCUCAUGUAUGGAAGAGAAGAUCCUUGGAUUAUACCUUUUUGGGGCAUUAAAGUCAAACAGCAGGUACCCGAAGCACCUUAUUAUGAAAUUAGUCCUGCCGGUCAUUGUCCUCACGAUGAGGUCCCUGAGGUUAUAAACUACUUGCUCCGAGGGUGGUUGAAGAACCUCGAGUCUGAGGGUUCAAUCGACCUGCCAUUUUUAGAAGAACCCAGCUAUGCUGAGCAUGGUGUAUCCAGGGAACUGGAGUUCGUCAGAGAAGGAUCAAGGAAAUCAGUUAGUGUGCGGCUCUAUGGUACCAAAAUUUCCUUACGGAGCCAAAUAAGCUCAUUCUUGAACACACGUGCCCAACUCACGGGUAGUUUUGAGAUAAUCCAUCCUUACAUCUCCAAUAGAUCUUACUCUUAG